CCUUAGUAAUGUCAAUAUAAACACAGGUAAUACAGAAUUGAAAACUAGAGCUCCAACUCUACAUGGGUUCCUUAGAUGUGUAACCACUCGAAAGAGGAGUCAGUCUACAGAUGAUGAGAAGGCUUUGAAGAUAGUGUCCCCAGCCUGUGUUAUAUUAAAGGCAAGAAACAAAGAUAUGGCUGCAUGGGCCUGCAAGAAUGCUAUUGCCAUGCAGAAUGGAGGGUGCUCAACAAUGGUGCUGAAAAGGUUGUCACAUCAGUUUGUAAGUGUAAGUAGUAGAAUGGCCUUGAGAUUAAAGAAGAAGGCUGGGGAGGGCUUUGACCAGCCAGUACUCGAUGCAAAACAGGACACAGGCAGCACUAGGCGUUACCAAAUUGUUGGUGACAAUAUUGACUUAGAAGUGAAGGCACGUCAUAUGGCCUCAGAUCGCCAGUGGGAUUGGACAACCAGCAGGUUAAAAAAAUUAAGGACAUUCCUCUGCAUGAGUUCUUACCAAAUCAACAUGAUGCCAGCAGACUCAUUGGAAGGUUUACAAUACACUGGUCCCGUGUUGUGACAAGGUGGAUGCCAGGCUUUCAACCCCUAGCCAAUGCAGUUAUUAGACACAUUCCGCACCAGUAUUCCUCUAAGAUGAAGGAGAUUUCAGAGACAGUAAAGGAGCCAACAUAUUUGGCUAGGCUAAUAAGCUAUUGAUUGAAAAGAUUUAUUUUUUAAAUCCAUAAAUACAGUGGACAUUAAUCUAAAAUUG